AUGUUGAGGUUUGGAUUCUUGUUAUUAUCAUUUACAUCACUUGUGUUAGGAACUGUCGGGCUGUUUCAAAGAGAGAGAAAUUGCGACGCAUCCAAGAUUGAAGCUUGUCGGGUUGCCAAUGAAAUAAAGUAUUACAACUGCGAAAUCUUCUACGAUGAUUCAGAUGAAGAUACAGAUACAGAUACAGAUCAUGAUCAUGAUCAUGAUCACCAUGAUGACGAAGAUGACAGGCAAUACGAUUCUGAUGCAGAAGAAUAUUAUGUUGAAAGAAAAGUUUCUCAGUGUGUUUGCGGUUUGGGAGACGAUUAUUACACCAUUUGGACCGAAUGUGCCAAAUAUUGUGACCAUGAUGGUAGAAUCGACUUACAUUCCGAGGCGAUGAAAAGCUCGGUAUGUGCUGAGGCUCUGAAAGUGGUGCCUAAUUCCUAUCUUGCAAGCUACAUUUCAUCAAGAGACCAAACACAAUCACUAGCUUGGACAAAGACAAAGGAUUUGGACCAUAGAACUGAUGAUCUUUCCUCAAGGAUUUCAGCAAUAAUGAAGUCCAUAUCUGGUUCAAGCAAUACUGGGGAGUCUAUUGAGCCUGCUUUAUCUACAACAGAAGGUGUAUCAAGUGAUACUGCUGCUAAAACUGAGUUUGAGACAACUAGCUCAGAGGUUGCUUCUAGUACUAUUGUUGAUACCGCCGAGUCUGACAUAGCCAAUUCAAAGGGAACCUCAAGUGAUUCUGCUGCUGAAACGGAGUCUGACACAGCCAAUUCAAAGGGAACCUCAAGUGAUUCUGCUGCUAAAACGGAGUCUAACGCAACCAACUCAGAGGGUUCUUCUAGUAACAUUGCUAUUACAGCUGGUUGUGGCUCAUUAAUCUCUUUGAUUUUAUUAUCCUUGUUGUGA